GCGUGUAUUGGGCAUUUCACAUUUUCACCCUUCUUCCAUUCUCAUACAUCUUCAGUAAAUCUCAUGAUGCAUUGCACCUCAUCAUACUAGCUUUGAUUCAGCUGAAAUUCACUGCUCCAAUUCAGAUUCAAAGGCUGGCAAAGUUGGUUCCAGUAGUCCAAAUUCACUGCAUUAUCAUACAUAGAAGACAGACUCUCCAGAUCCUAUCCACUUAUCUAAACAAUGAUUCUACGUUCUUUAACUGUUUACAAACCCAGAAUCCACAGACCUGUAUCUCAAUCUUUACUUAUUUCUUCAACUCUUGUACAAACAUUGAAUCUAUCAUCAACUGAAACCCAAGAUUAUGAAAAAUUUAACCCUCUCAAGCACAAAGACUGGCUCAGCCCAACACAAAUGAUCAAGAUUUUCCAGAAUCUGAAAGACCCUAAUUCAGCUUUUAAUCUGUGGACACAAAUCUCAAAACGUAAAGACUACAACCCCAAUGAAGAGCUCUACUCUGUGGUCAUCAACAGGCUUGGAGAGUCUAAGAAUUUUGCUGCAAUUGAGACCCUUAUGGAAAGAAUCAAACUUGAGAGAAAUUGUAGGCUCUCUGACGGUUUUUUCUACAGCGUGAUCAAGAUCUAUGGGAAUGUAGGAGGAAGAAUAAACAAAGCCGUAGAGACCCUCUUUGAUAUGCCUAAUUACAAGUGUUGGCCGAGUGUGAAAACAUUCAAUUUUGUGCUCAACUUGCUGGUGAACACGAAGCAGUUUGAUGUUGUUCAUGAAGUGUAUUUGGGUGCCUCAAAAUUGGGCAUCGAAAUAGAUGCUUGCUGCUUGAAUAUCAUCGUAAAAGGAUUGUGCAAAUGUGGCAAACUUGACAGUGCAUUUCAAGUGCUCGAUGAAUUUCCUAAGCAGAACUGUAAGCCUAAUGUGAGGACCUUUUCAACAAUUAUGUGUGCACUAUGUGACCGUGGUAGCAUUCAGGAAGCUUUGGGGUUGUUGGAAAGGAUGGAAAAGGAGGGAGUAGAGCCGGAUACGAUCACGUUUAAUAUAUUGAUUUCGGGACUUAGGAAGCAAGGGAGAGUUGAAGAGGGGAUUGAGGUUUUCAAGAAGUUGAUGCACAGAGGUUGUGAUCCAAAUGCAGGGACUUAUCAGGAAGUGCUGUAUGGGCUUCUUAAAGCCAAGAGGUUUGUUGAUGCCAUAGGCUUUAUGAGUAUGAUGAUUGACAGAGGAGUGAAUCCGAGUUUCGAGUCAUAUAAAUUGGUCAUAUGUGGCCUGUGUGAACAAAAUCUGACUGGACAACUGGACUGGGUACUAAAGCAAAUGGUGAAGCAUGGGUUUGCACCAAGAAUGGGGAUGUGGAAAAGGAUGGUAGAAUGCUUGUUACGGGAUUCAAGUGACCGCUGUAAAAGGCCUUCCAUUGAGCUUGAAGGCACUGUUAUUGAAGAGAAAUCUUCUUAUUAGAUGCAAUGAAAUAAUUAGUCUCAAAUUCAUCUUUGUUGAUAUGUGUCAUCUAUUUCUUGAUCAAAGAAAACAAUAUUGUAACUCAAAUAUAUAACAGGGAGCGGAUAAAGAAAUCAGAAGAGAAAGUUAUAUAGCAUGGAAUGAGCGUAAUUAGAAGAGAGACUAAUGUAGCUAUAUAGUACCCCGGCAUAUUCGUGAAAAUGUCUUGUAUCAUUAGGACAUCUCUAAGCUUUGCUGGAGUGCUGGACAAGUGAGGCAAAGGCAAUUCCUUAAAAGGAAAAAAAGACUUCUAUCAUAU